GCAGGGAAAGAGUAGGCUCCGCCUCCUGUGGGUGUGCAUCAUUUCUAUAUCGGCGCACAAUUGUCCUGAAGACUUCCCUCGCAGCCUCCUCCUUCCCCGCCUGUCAUCACUUCCAACCUGUGAGACGCCGGUGACUCAAAAAGGAACGGACCAGGUGCAGCCAGCUCGAUAGCAUCAGAGUGGUCGACUAGCUACAUUUCUCUCAACGAUGUUUAGGAGCCCACAGUUCCUGAUUUGGGCCUGCCCCAGGAGACAGUUUCUGCUAUUAAGAGAAUAUCACCUUUCUGCCUUUUCUGAGCAUACUGGUUUUGGGUGGCUGCUAGCAAGAAGCUUGAAAGAGAGGAAAUAUGAAGCGAAAUGUGAGAGAAGCACAAGUAAGGAUGGACUACCAUUAUGUGAAAGGACUGCGUGCUUUUCAACCCAGCUGUAUAGAUCAGUCCGUCCAACGUGUCAGUCGAGGGGUCAUUUAGCUGAAAACCUUUCCAAAGUCAUGUUAAGCUACCAUCAGCACUACACUCAAGUCUCUGCUAAAACCAAACAAGUGUCUUAUCUCUUCAGCACUUUCUGGAGCUGUUUAUUUAACCGGACUGUUCUUCAGCGCCAUAGAGGGCCUUGGGAUGUUAGCCAGACUUCACUCAGCUGCGUCAGUAAGAGUCAGUGUAACUUCCUUCAUCACGGACCUAAUUCCUAUAGACCCCCUGGUCUGUCAGUACAGAAUCCAUGGAUUUUAAACCCCCUUCAGUGUCAACAAUCACCCAGCCCCUCUCUUCGCCUGAUCCAAACCGUCCAUCAGGCCGUCCCCCGUGUGGCAGACGCCUUCAGAGACUGCCUGUCCCUCGAAAAUGAAACCCGAUGUCGGCAGAAGCUGGCGCCCAACUGGAACCUCUACGACAUGGACGAAGUGAUAAAAGGGGCGAAUCAGACCCAAGGCACAAACAGGGGGAGGUGGGCGGCCAUCUUGGUGUCUCUGUGCUGUGUUGAAGGGGAGCCUGCUUUUCUUUUUACUCUGCGCUCCAGCACACUGAGAGGCAAACACAAAGGAGAUGUCAGUCUGGGAUGAUGAUCGCUCCAGUGUUGGCAAACCUCGGUCCUUUUGAAGAGUUGUCCUUCAAACCAAACCCUGAAGAGGUCGAGGACAUCUUCACCUUGUCUUUGUCUCACCUGUGCAACCCACAGAACCGUGGGUACACAAACUUCCGCACCGGCGAUAAGUAUGGAUACACACUACCGGUGUUUCAUAACGGGAAAUAUCGAGUGUGGGGCCUGACUGCACUUGCUCUGGACCAAAGCCUAAAACUUAUCGUACCUCCGCAAUAAAUAUGUUACAGACUUGAAGGGUAUCAGUGCCUGAAGGAUUGAUGUGACUCAUUAUGUAGCAAAAUCAUGUUGGAAAUCGGUGAAGACAAAAUUAUUAUUUGUGUAGAUCAAAUUCACAAGUACGUUUGUCCCGUUUUUUUUCUUGUAAAUUGUUAUUUUCAGAGUAAAGAGUUGUCUUUAAGUCUGGGGGGUGUAACCUUCUCCACUGAAUAGAUUAGUUAUAAACAUAGCAGCCAGCUGUUUCGAUGUCACUGAAGAAAAGCACUGAAGUUCAUUCUUGAUUUGUAAAAGAAUUGACUGAUUCUUGCAUGAGCACUUUUGAGUUUUAAAUGACAAGUCUUUGUUUUUAUUUUGAGUUCUCAUCGAUUCGUCAACGACAUGGGUCCUAAGGGGGAAAAAAAUAGACGUGAUGUCAUCUUAAAAUUAUGAAAGCACAGCUACGAUAAACUUACCCAGAUGUCAUUUUUCAACAGGUUUUAUUUAGAUAAGAUCUUUGCUGUAAACUGGAAAAAAAUCAAAAACGCAUUAUAAAUGAGAAAAAAAGCAACAAUGCAAUAAAACGCAUUUUAAAGAUA